UAUCGAUUUUCGUACAGUAAAGCUGACAUAAUUUUUCACUGGCCUUCUUUAGAUUUUGAGAAAAUUUGUGAUUCAAAUUAAAGAAAAAUCAACAAAAAAGAAAUUUCAACUUUUAACAUUUGCUGUUGUUAGUUGAUAGGACACUUUUAAAAGUGUAUUGUUUAGAAAUAUUUCGAUAGGGUCUGCCAGAAAAAUCCAACAAAAUUUCACACUUACUUGAAAACCCGUUGCUGCUACUCCACAGCAAUCAAGUAGCCUCUGGAGGAGCAAUAUCACCAGCAGCGGUCUCAACAUCAUCAACGACAUUAUUAACGGCGUCCAACGUCGUUGGGGAGCGCAACGAUUUCUUUAACGUGGCUUCAACGGACGGCAUCAGGACGCAAAACAGCAAAGUUCACCCAAGUCCGGGGGCAGGAACAGCCCGUAGUGUGUGGGCCCUGCCCCUGACCUAUGACAGUUGCAACAUGGUUGCCGAGGAAGAUGGUGCACACACUGAUCAUGAAGUUGAUCCACGACGACCACAUACUCCACGUGUAGUAGAAGUUGUGGGGGGUGUGGAUGGGGCUGUAGGCGGUCCCAAUGGUCCGGGCAGCGGUGGCGGCAAUGCGGGCCGUGGUGAUGGUGCAGUUGAUGAAAAUCUUUUGAUUUUCGAAGGUGUCGAUGGUUCUGUGGCCCAUUUGGAUGAUAUAUUCGACAUUAUUAAGAAUGGCGAAGUUAGUGAUGUUGAAAAGUUGACGGAAAAAUUUGGCAUAGAAUGUCUGUCGGCACGAGAUCGCCAUGGCUAUACACCUGCCCAUUGGGUGGCCCUAAAUGGCAAUGUGGAAAUGAUGCGCUAUUUAAUAGAACGAUUGGCGCCCAUCGAUUUGCCAUGCUUGGGUACGCAGGGACCUCGUCCGAUACACUGGGCCUGUCGCAAAGGCCAUGCUGCUGUUGUACAAGUAAUGCUCCAGGCUGGCGUCAAUGUAAAUGCGGCCGAUUUUAAGGGUUUAACACCGUUACAUGUGGCCUGCAUGUAUGGACGAACAGCUACCGCUGCUUAUCUAUUGGGCAUGGGUGCCCUCAAUCAUUUGACAGAUAUUAAUGGUGAUACAGCCCUACAUUGGGCUGCCUACAAAGGUCAUGCCGAUCUUAUGCGUUUGCUAAUGUAUUCUGGUGUGGAAUUGCAAAAAACCGACAAUUUUGGUUCCACCCCUCUACAUUUGGCAUGUCUGUCGGGAAAUAUGUCUUGUGUACGUUUGCUUUGUGAAAAAUCCAAUAUGGAUUUGGAGCCAAGGGAUAAAAAUGGUAAAACACCCAUGAUGCUGGCCCAGGCCCACCAGCACCAGGAUAUUGUUCGUUUGCUUUACACGGAAGUAAAGAAAAAGUCCCGGUGGAUACCCUCAAUAUCGGAAAUUUGGGGCUGGCUAUUUGGAGGAGCUGGCGAUUCCAAGGGACCGCUUUUGUUAUUCUUGUUCUCGGUUCUAUUGUGGGGUUAUCCAAUGUACAUGAUAAGGGCCAUACCAAUUACAUGGAACAUUUUACGUCGUUCCCAUUAUUGUUUUAUCUACUGGAAUGCAGUGAUGUGGAUUAGUUGGAUUAUUGCAAAUCGUCGUGAUCCCGGUUAUAUACCAUUAAGUUCGGAUGCCUAUUAUAGGGCAAUCAAACAGAUACCCUAUUUCGAUAAGCUUAAGAAACGUAAUGUGAUUUUAACACGGCUCUGCCACAGCUGUCGCUGUCUGCGUCCGUUGAGGGCAAAACAUUGCAGGGUCUGCAAUCGCUGUGUUUCCUACUUCGAUCACCACUGUCCGUUCAUCUAUAAUUGCGUUGGUCUUCGCAAUCGUAUGUGGUUUUUCCUCUUUGUUCUCUCCGUGGCAGUGAACUGCUCUUUUACCAUUUACUUUGCCUGUUACUGUGUAAUGAUUGAAGGAUUUACCCUGCUGUAUGUCUUGGGUCUAAUAGAGGCUGUAGUUUUUUGCGGCCUAGGAUGGAUUUUAACUUGUACUUCGAUCCUACACGCUUGCAUGAAUCUGACAACCAAUGAAAUGUUCAACUAUAAACGUUAUCCCUAUCUGCGCGAUAAACGCGGACGUUACCAGAAUCCCUUCUCUCGCGGGCCCAUAUUAAAUCUAUUGGAGUUCUUUGUGUGCUUGCCCGACCGCAACGAUGAUAAUGACCUGCUCUUGGAGGAUAAUAUUUGAUUAAGAAGCUAGGAUCGCCAGCAGGCGCGCCGCCGUCGAUUACAACCGCCACCUGCACGAGGAUAAUAUUGGGUAACGCCCAAUCAGUCGUAUGCCGAAAGCAAACGGAGGGGGUAAUUAACUCGGAAGCUAAUAAUGUUUUGGAUUAGAAAAAACAGUGGAUUUAGCUUUGUUACUAUUUUAAAAAUCCACGCUUGAAUUUGAUCGAUAAAUUGCACAAAUUUACUACUUUACUUUUUUUAUAAAUAAGGGCUUAACAUGAAGACAACUAAACUGCACUACUGGGGAGAUUUUAGCAAUUAUCUGUAAGCAAUGCACAACUACAAUUUUAAAAUAUUUGAAAAAUAAA